AUGAAGUUGGUGAAUGGCGGCGUAAAGCUCUUUAUCUGUGUGGCCGGGAUAUACCUGAGUUUUCUGACGUGGGCGCUUGUCCAGGAGCCGCUGGCGACGAAGGUGUGGCCGCACUCGCAGAGGCAGUUCCAGUUCCCCAACGUCGUUGCCGUUGCGCAGGCGCUUUGUGCGAUGGUGAUCGGCUUAUUGUACCUGCAGCAGACGCAGCAGCAGCAAAAACGAGGGAAUGGUGGCGGUUACCGUCCCUGGCAACUAAUAAAGGACCACACGACGCAGUUGCUGCUGAUAUCGUUCACGCAAAGUGCGUCCACGCCACUUGCGACGUACUCUCUAGGGCACGUCGACUACUUGACCUACAUGCUGGCGAAAUCAUGCAAGAUGAUACCAGUUCUGCUGAUACACCUGCUGUACUACAGGACUCCGAUCUCUUCGGAUAAGAAAGUGGUCGCGCUCUUGGUCACCGUGGGGGUCACUGUAUUCACGCUGGGUGGUGGCACGCACAAAAAGAAGAAGUCUUCAGAUGCGGACUCGUACUCUGGCGUCAUGGGGUUUGUUCUGCUGGGCGUCAGUCUCUUCCUGGAUGGAUUGACCAAUGCAACUCAGGACACAAUGUUGAGAACCAAUGCUGAGAGGAAUAAAGUGGAUGAGAAGAAUGACCCUGAGAACAAGAACGGGUCGAAAACCAUCACAGCGGCACAUCUCAUGUUUGCCCUGAACCUGUUUAUCGUCCUUUGGAAUAUACCGUACUUGGCCGUCUUCCACAGGAGCCAAGUCGAAGGUUCACUCGAAGUGCUUGAAGGGGACCCGCAGGUGCUCAUCUACCUACUUGCGUACGCAGUCUGUGGCGCUGUGGGCCAGUGCUUCAUUUUCUACACGUUGGAACAAUAUGGGUCUCUUGUGUUGAUCAUGAUCACCGUGACGAGAAAGAUGAUGUCCAUGCUGCUGAGCAUUGCUGUUUUUGGCAAGACUGUCGAUAAAGUCCAAUGGGUGGGCAUAUUCAUCGUUUUUGGAGGAAUCCUUUGGGAGGCCAUGAACAAAAGGCGGAAAGUGUCUUCCUUGAAGAAGACUCAGUAA